GUGAGAUAUCUGGACGUCCUAUUGGUUCUUGGACUCACUACAAUAACAUCGAGCCAUAUUGUGUAGUAUCAGCAGCAGAAGGUCAAAAAAUGUGCAAUUUCCCAAUUGAUGAUUUGAAACCGGAUAGUGCAUAUGAGCUUGAACUAUCUGGACAGAAUUCAAUGGGAUUUUCUGAAACACAAAGAAUCAUAUUUAGGACAUCAUCACUGACAGGUGUUAAUGGACGCAUACUAAAUAUGCCAUCAACUAUGCGACUAACAGGGAUAUCUAAUCAUAUUCAAUUAGAAA